ACUUUUGCAAGGCACUAUAGUUCUCAGAAUUUAAACCAAGAUUUAUCAUGGACUGACAGCUCAUGUCAGUUUUAAAUCUUGAAUAAAUUAAAAGGCUAUUUAUUAGAUGUCUACAAUAAUUGUAAGUUAAAUAUUUUUUUUAGGGGUGUAAGUUAAAAGGUUAAGAAUGACUAAACGCCCCACUCAACAAACAACACACGGGUCUUUGUAAUAUUUGUUAGAAAAAGAAACAGUAGAACAUUAAUUUGAUGUACAAAAUAUGAACAGGAUUACAAGCUUCUGGAAUUAAAUAAUUCUCUUAGUGCUGUAUUUUAAAUAUUUGACCACAAACUGGUAGAGCAAUGACUGUAGGUGGUGUUUGCAUCUGUCUAGUUGGUUUGCAACCCACCAUCCAGAGAAGAAGAAGGAUGAAGAGAAGGAGGAGGAGGACGAGCAGAAGUAUAAACAGUUCUUUCUGUACCUUCGACUCCUAUCCUUUGGUUGGCGCUGAUCACUGCUGAAUCGGUUUAUUUCUGUGACAUAUAGAUGGUCAUAUGACCACAGGUGCUUAUGUUUACAUUCUGCUGUACUGUAAGUUACACCGAAAUAAAAUAACAGCGAGCUAAGUUAGCAGCAAAAUGACCAAGCUGGAGGUCAUCAACACGUUUCUGACGGAGCGCUUAAAGGCGACGCUGAACGAAAUCAUGGAGAUGAUCGGCGGGACUGUCCGGCAGUAUGAGAAAGAGCUGGACAGUGUGCAGAAGGACAACGAGUAUCUGAGACAGAGACUGAAGAAGAUCGAGAAACUCGUCGAGUCUAACGGUCCAGCUACUUCAGACCCUGCCCCAUCAUCUCCACCACCGCAUCUACAGUGGACUUCUAGCACUGAACCUGAAACCAUGCCUACAGAGAUCUAUCAGAAUCAGAACCAGGUACAAACCGAACAGCUCACCAGCACAAAAUUAGAAGAGUCCUCCAACCGUGCUCUUCUGGUGACCGAAUCAGACAUUGAUAUAACCCAUCUCCAGUUACCAAACACACUGGCUCACACAGAUAAAGACUUAGAAACCUCACCUUUAAACGAAUUUCCUUGUGGUGUGAAAACAGAGCCUUUUGAAAGUCUCGAUUCACAGUCCACCGAUGCUAACACAUCCGUCUACAGUCCAUUACCUCACUGCACUGCUCAGUUACCAGCUACUACCAAUAUUAACCACAAGUCUGAUCCUAAAGUGUUCAGUAUACCAAAUUCCACUGAUCUACAAUCAGCCGAACAAAUGAAUGUAAAGGAUAAAACCUUGCAAUUAUCUCUCAGUAAAAUAAGCCAAAUUGAGUUAAAGACUUCUUGUCCUGAAUCAGGCAUAGCUCAUGUCAACUACAACAUCGCUCGUCAAAACACAGACUCAAGAUCAGUCAGGAAUGAAACUAUUACUGGCAAUUCUCAUCUGGGUAUAUCUAACGUUGUAGUCAACCCCCUACGUCACACGGCAUCCAGUAGAGAGGUCAGGCAGGGUAGGGGAAGAGAAUGGGGACGAGGAAGAGUCAAAGGUCCUGGGACAAACGCAUGCCCACAGUGUGGAAAACUAUUCAUCCAUUAUUCACGGCUAAAGGUGCACAUGCUCAUUCACACAGGGGAGAAGCCAUACGUUUGCGCGCAGUGCGGGAAAUGCUUCAACAAUGACGGGACUCUGAGGAACCACAGCCGCGUGCAUCUGAAACUGCCUCCCUUUGACUGUCCUGUGUGUGCACGUAGCUUUAAAAAUGCCCACACCUGUUUGAAUCACAUGCGCGUUCAUAAUAGUUGAGGCGACGGUGUUUCUGCCUCAGCAGCCAAACUGAACAGAUCUGAAGCUAUAGGACAGACUCAUGGGAGGGUUUCCCUGGUGAUCAGGACAUGUGCUGUGCUGGAUGAUAGAGACAUCUAAUAUUUGCCAUGCUGAGAGACCCCCGUGGGCAGGAAUGAGAGACGCUGAACAAUUGAACAAGUCACAUGAUGAUCUUCAUGUCCAGAGAAAACCUUUUGAGUAUAGCGUUUGAUGAUGUUGUUGAAAUUGAUUUCAUGUUGCUGUCAUGUCAGUAUUGCCAGCUGUUUUCUGUUGCUUUUAAUAUGCUAAAUUAAAUCGUUUGACUAGAGAUUUGAUAGUGUUCACUCUUUUGGGUUUCUCUGUUAUCAGCAGAUGAUGGUCUGAAACGUUGUACAAAAGCAUCAUGUUUGAAUGAAAGUCCAACCUUCUAAAAUCGUUUACUCUGGUUCAGCUGAGAAUUCAACUUUGUCAUCAUUUGCUCCAAAGCUGAAUGAUGCUCAUUGUUCUGUGAAUGAUCUAUUUUGAAGUAUUUUGGUAAUCAUAUAUUAUCUGUUCCCAUUGACUUCAAGUGUAUUUUUCUUUUAAAAAGAUCUCACCUCGUUCCAUCUGUUCUUAGUAACUAUCGGGCAAUUUCUAAACACCCAUUUAUUUCUAAGGUUUUAGAGAAAGCAGUGCUUUCACAGUUUACUUCUUACCUGGAUGCUUUUAAUAUUCUGGAUAAUUUCCAAUCUGGUUUUAGACCACUUCACAGUACAGAGUCAGCCUUGCUUAAAGUUAUGAAUGAUCUUUUGUUGUCCAUCAAUUCAGGGUCAUAUGCCAUUUUGAAACUGUUAGAUUUGAGUGCACCCUUCAACACUCUUGACCAUGACAUCCUCUUGAAUCGACUACAAUAUGCAGUAGGGGUUCAAGUCCUGGCAUUACAGUGGUUCACCUCUUAUUUAAAGGGUAGGACAUUUCCACUAAAUAUUGGGACAUUCACCUCGCCUUCUGCACCCGUACCUUAUGGUGUUCCUCAGGGUUCUAUUCUUGGCCCUUGAUUGUUCUCAAUCUACAUGCUUGCCCUAGGCUCCAUUCUACAGAAAUAUAGUAUUAACUAUCAUUGCUACGCCGAUGACCUACAACUUUACCUUCCUAUCAAACUCAAAAAUGACUCCUCUUUACAACCUCUUUUGUCAUGUUUUGAGGAAGUGAGAACUUGGAUGGCUAACAAUUUCUUGCAACUAAACACUUACAAAACGGAGGUGCUUCUGUUAGGCCCCGCUGCACUCAAUACUACUCUUACAAGUAGGUUAGGCUCCCUUAGUGAUAACUUACAACCCCAUGUAAAAAAUCUAGGGGUCCAUUUCGAUCCAUUACUAUAAUUUGAUAAGCAUGUAAACAUAGUUGUAAAGAGUAGCUUCUUCCACCUCAGAUCUGUUGCGAAAAUAAAACAUUUUCUCUCUCGAAAAGAUCUUGAAAUUGUCAUCCACGCACUAAUCUCUUCAAGGCUAGACUAUUGUAACUCUCUGUAUGUCGGCCUUCCUCAAAGCACUCUAUUUCAGCUUCAGACUGUUCAAAUGUGGCAGCCAGAUUGUUGACAGGAACAAAAAAGAGGGAGCAUAUUACUCCUGUUCUUGCUUCAUUGCACUGGCUCCCUGUCAAAUUCAGAGUUGAUUUUAAGGUCCUUUAUUGUAUAUAAGGCACUGAAUAAGUCAAUCCCGGAUCAAAUCUGUGACCUUAUCCAGCCAUACACAACCUCUAGGUCAGUGGUUCCCAACCUUUUUCAAUUCGUGGCCCACACAACCAAACACAUAUGUUUGCGCGGCCCACUGCAACAAAAUUAACUGACCCUGCUAUUGUUGGGUUAAUAACUUACUCAGAAGCUAGACUGUUAACUGUUUUUAUUGAAUGAACUGGCAAUGAACAGAAAAUAACUGGCUGCAUGGCACCGCUUGGCACAACUGCUGUAGUCCUGUAGCAUAUGCAGCAAAAAUAUCUAAAAUAAAUUGGCGGUUCAUUUUUAAACCAGUCAGUGAGCUCGAAUAGUGGAAGCAUAGUUACAGUUUAACAUUUGUUUUUUGUUAUUUAAUUAUAUGAAAUGACGUUAUUAUGCUCUAGGUCAUUAAGAUCUUGUAACCAGCUUCUUUUAUAUGAGUAAUGCUGUGUAUGGAACUUUUGAUGUGUUUUUAUAUACAUAUUUGUCUUUUAUUUUAUAUUUUAUAUCUUUCCCCUUUAUUUUUUGAUCUCUGUUGAUUUUUAGGUAACCUUUUACUGUAAAGCACUUUGGAUCAACAAUGGCUGUGUUACUGUUGUGCUCUAAAUAAAUUGACUUGACUUCUUCA